CAUAAUUCCGUUUUUUAAUUUUAGGUAAAAAAUUUGAAUUAAUUGAAAUUUUUAAUUUUCAAAAAAAAAAUUUGAUUUUUCUUUACAAUAACGAAAUUUAAAAAAUUUCAUCUCCCCCCUCUGAAAAAAAUGAAGGUCUACAAUAUUUUGACAUCGAUAAAAAAAAAUGUCUAGUGUAAUGUGAUAUUUUUUCUAAAUUUUGCGAAACAAAUGGAUGUUGAUUCCUUAUUGUGUUUGAAUGAUGACGAGGAAAAAUCAUUUGAGUUGUUAAAAAUGGAAAAUAAAAAAAGUCUAAAAAUUACAAAUUCCUUGGACAAAAUUGAUGUAAGCAAAAUUUCGGAGAAAAUUAAUCAUCGGAAUGAAUAUGCAGAAUUAAUCGUAUUAGCGGACAAGGAUCAAGACACUCGUGAAAAUCCCAAUGAAAAUGCAAAUAAUGAAAAUAAUGAAAUUAUCAAUCGUUAUCCGGAACUUUUUGAAAUUUUUUCCGAUAGUUCCAUUUCACAACAAUUUUCCAGUUUUAAUUUCAAUUCAAAUAGUGAAACAAAUAUUUCCCAUGAUGAAAAUAAUUUCGAUGUGAAACCAAUUAAAGAAAUUUCAUCACAUUUACAUGAAGAAAAUAUUGUACCGGAAAAAUUGUCGUCAAUUACAUUUCGAAAUAGUACAAAAAUAUUGAACGAUUCUUCUUUUGGGAAAUUGACAAAAAAUGAGAGACCAAUUUUAUUAUUUAAUACACAAACAAAAUCUAGUCUUUCAAAUAUUACGAAUAAAAAUACAAUAAAUAAAAAACAAGAUUUGAAGAUUCCAAUUAAACGAAAGAAAUCGAAUGAUUCUGUUUAUGAAAGUCAUUCGAAUUCGAAAAUAAAGAAAAUUUCAUCUAAUGAAAAUGUGACGCCUUCAUUAUUAGUUAAUCAACGAAAUAAUUCUUCAAAUUCUUCUUUAAAUUCAUGGAGAACUUUGCGUGAUACGCGAAAUUACGAGGAGAAUAAUUUUUCUGCUUUUAAUUUCUUCUCAUCUUCAACGACAUUGGAAGGUAAUCGAGAAAAAUUGAAAAAUCAAAUUAAAAAAGCAAAACAACCUCCAAAUAAUUUAAAAACAGCACAAGGAGACAUCGAAGUGAAAUUAUUAAAUGAUAAUCAAAUUUUUGUGAAAAAUGAUAAAAUUCAAAAUGACAAUGAAUAUGAAGCUAAUAGGAAGAAAAUUUUUUUUGACGUUAUUAACAUUUUAAUUGGCGUGAAAUCAACUUUAUUUGAAAAUCGCAAAUUGGUGAAAUCAAUUCAGGGACAUUUUCAAAAUUGUUCAAUUUUUCAUACCAUUAUUUCUGACGAUGCUGUUACUUUAUUGAAUGAAGGAAUAUCGAGAUGUACAAUGAGAAUUCAAAGCAAUGAGAAAAGUGAAGAUUUAUUUAACGGAGCAAAUGAAUUAUUAAUCGAAAGUGUGAGAAAUUUAAUGAAAGUCGUAAAUGAAGAGAGGGAAUAUUUAAAACAACAAGAGUAUUAUUAUUGCAAACAUUUUCUCGAUUCGAGGAAAAAUAGAAACACUGGACACUUAAAGAAAAAUACUAAACACACAUUGAUUGGAAAUGAUAUUCUACUUUCUUCGAGUCAGAAAGACAGAAUUGAACAACUAAUAACAUACAGUGUUUCAUUAAUUAAACAAAUUGUGCCAAAAAUGGAAAAUUCCAAAAUUUCAAGUAAAAAGUCUCCGAAGAGAAAUUCGAUAAGUCAUGUGAAAAUAGAGAAAGAACCAAAAACGCAUAUGAAAAUAUCUUCAAGAUACAAUAAUGAUAUAAAAAAUUUAAAAACAGAAACAAGCGAAUGUAAAUUAACUUCAAAAGUUAUUUCAUCAUUGGAGAAAGAAACGAAUCCAUUAGUUUUGAUAAAUAAAAAUUCGAAUAAUGAAAAAUUAACGAGAUCAUCAACUGUGAUUUUACCCGGAACUUCGAAACAAUUAUCAAAUCCAAUAAUUAGAGCAACGAAUAAGGGACGAAAUAAUUGUUCUCAACCAAUAUGGAAACCAGCUGGAAAUGCAAAUGUUUCAUUUUCAUCAAUUAGACCAAUUCCCCGGCAAAAUACACGAUUAAUCACUUCUGCUUUUGAAAAGAAGAGAGAAGAAAAAUCUGAUGCAUCGAUAAGGUAA